GUCAAUGAUAUAGGCCCUACCAUAGGCAUGUGUCCUCACAUUAUACAUGCACCUCUCUGGGAGAAAGGCAAACUUGAUGAAACACCAAGAUGAAGCAUUUUAUUGCUAUAUGUUUCCUGGGGUAGCUUUAGAAUUUUUUUAUUCUAAACCUAGGGAAAUCCGACAUUUAAAUCAUAUAAAAUGGAGGGUAACCAGAAACAAAAUGCUUCCAAUGGUAUUGCACAAGGGAGUAACCUUGUUGGUAAAGUCAGUACAUAUUUUGGGAUUGAUGAGAAUUCAGAAAGAAUGAGUCAGUGGAAACACCGGUUCCUUAUGGAAACAGAGAGUUGGACAUCUGGUGGUCAGGAGAGGAAACUUCUUAAACUUCAGUCAUCAGCUAUGGACCACUUAGAAAAUACAUUGUCACCGCAUCAACAGCUUUCAAGUCAAGCAAUGGACAUCGGACAAAUGUCAGCUUAUGGGGAACCAGGCGUGAUACAACAUAGCAGUUCUUUCAGCCAUGUAACGUCUAACUUAAGCAUGAAUGCGGAACCGUCACAAGUUUUGUCGAGGUCAGCAGAUGUUAAUUUCUCUGGCAUGAAUUAUUUGAGUGACCAGGAAGAUGAAUUACCAGUGAGCCGAAUCAGCUGCCCUAGUGAUGAUAGUUGCUCAUGUGCUAAUGAAACCCCGGAUGAUGAUGAUUCAGAUGCCUCUCGGCGAGAUAUUGGAAACAUUGUUACGGCAAAGAGACCUGGCAGACUGUACAGUUUCAACUCAACUCAGUCAGAGGAAUGCCUAACCUAUCAGAACUGCAGUGACAUUGUGACCGUCUGGAAUGGUCAGGUGUUUGGGGAUAUUGCUGUAUCUCCUAGUCUACCGUCAUUCCCUAUAGAUCGAUCGAGUGAUGAGAAACACGAGCCAACCUCCUUGACCAACGUGCUGCCCUCACACCGGCACACUACCCAUGUAGUGUUAACUGACCAUGACCUUAAAUCUAAUGAAUGUGAGGAGAAGAGAAGUGAAGAUAGUGAGGGAAAGAUGAAAGCAUCCCACAGCUUACAGCUCAUUGCAUGUGCAGGAUUUGAUGCAGACAAUGAGGAGUGUCACGGGAACCACCAGCAAGAAGAAAGCUUGACAAGGCUAUCAGCUGUAGUGCCAUUCGGUGAGGAACCUGUUACAGAAAGUGAGAGCAGCAGUCGGCAGUCUAUUGUGGAACCUACGGUACAGCCAGCUGAAAAGACUGAAAACGAAGGCUUCCUAUACAGAGUGCAAGCUUACCAGCAGUACCAGAAGCUAGUACAGCAAGAAUUGGAAGAGAGAAAACACAUUGCACAAGCAAAGAUUGCGAGGAGAGCGCAACUUGCCAUGAAGCUGCGCAUGAGGGAGAAACAGAUUGACAAUGCACUUACUGUUGCACUGGACCACUACGGACGCCCGCUGGCACACUGCGGGAGCAUGAAGCAGAGAAAGGGUCCGCGCAAGAGGAGAGAGCACACGAGCAGCAGCGUAGAGGUGCGGCGGCAGCUGGAGGAGCUUCCAGAGUACCGACCCUGGUUCACGUGCUGCAUAAGUGCGCUCCAGCUAAUCACUGUCAUCAUAGUCUGCGCCGUUGGUGGCUUUGCCAAAAUCGGCAUGGCGCCGGUGGAAACUGAGACGGACUGGUUAUCUACUCUAGAAGGAAGUGACAAGCUCUUGUACUAUCCCAGUGUAAAUCCAUGGUUUGGACCACCCAUUACCUUCCUCGUCAGUGUAGGAGCACUGUACCCUCCUUGCAUGAGAGAUGACAUUCAUACCAACAUAGCUCUGGCACAACUUAGCGAGGACAACCCAGCUAACCUCGGUUGCUGUGAGGUGGCCGCCCACCAGGUGGCAGCAACUACCACACAGGACGAAUGUCAGGAGCUAUCUAAUGGCUUCGGCGUCUGGACAGCGGAGUCGGUGUGCAGCGAGCGAGCUGCAGGCAACAACAGCGUGAGUCACGAGAUCAGGCCGUGCUGUCUCGGCAUGGGCGUGCAGUGCCACCUGACGACAGCCCUGCACUGCUCCUACGUCGGCGGUCACUACCAGCCAGACAGCGAGCACUGCUCCCAGGUAAACUGCCUUAGUGCUGUCUGUGGCCUGGAUGGGGUAGCCUCACGUGACCUCGCUGCGCCGAGACAGUGUUGGCGCUUUCUCAGCUCUAUCUUGCUUCACGGUGGGCUGUCGGUUACCGUGCUCGUGCUGUCUGUGCAGCUAGUGGUGGCCCGCCACAUUGAGAGACUUGCAGGGGCUAUCCGCCUUGCCAUUAUCUACUUUCUGUGUGCUGUCGGGGGUAAUGUGGUGGCAGCACUUUUUAGCCCAGACGUGGCACAGCUUGGUGCAGGCGGUGCCAUGUUCGGUAUGCUAGCAGUCGUCUGGCAGGAACUUUUCCAGACGUGGAAUCUCAUCGACAGGCCUUGGUUUGAGGUGGUCAAGCUGACAAGUGUCAUGCUGCUCUUCAUCACUGAAGGCACACUGCCCUACGUCGACAACAUCGCUCACGUGGCCGGCUUCGUCAUCGGCGGCAUCUGCUCGGUGAUCUUCCUGCCGUACAUCACGCUGAGCCGCUGGGACGCCGUGCUGAAGCGCACGCUCGUCGUCUGCGCGAUCCCCACCCUCCUCGCUGUCCUCGUCCUCGCCUUCGUCGUCUUCUACGAGGUGCAGAUGAGCGUCUGUCCCGUCUGCGCGGUGAUCAACUGCGCCCCCUACAUGCCGAACAUGUGCAACGCGUCCGUCGCGCACGGCCGCUACACGGUGCAGCGCGGAUACCUCUCCAACGCCACGCAGCACGUCUGACCGCGCAGUCGGCGCGAUCGUUCUGUUAUUGAGGUUGGAUGGGUUGUGGAGGGAAGGUUACGUGGUGCGUGAAGUUUGAGACUGUUCCGUGUGUGAGAGAGGAUGGAUGGGUUGUUGUGUGGGGAAGGUUACGUGGUGCGUGAAGUUUGAGACUGUUCCGUAGCUAAGAGUGGAAACCGAAAGGUAUUAUGAAAGGCCAUAGCUAAGAGUGGAAAACCAAAGAUAUUGUAAAUGGCCAGAGCUGAGUGAGUGGAAAACCAAAGGUAUUAUGAAUGGCCAGAACUAAGAGUGGAAAACCAAAGAUAUUGUAAAUGGCCAGUGCCAAGUUGAAAAACCAAAGGUAUUAUAAAUGGCCAUAGUUAAGCAUGGAAAACCAAAGGUAUCAUGAGUGGCCAGAGCUAAGAGUGGAAAACCUAAGGUAUUAUGAAUGGUCAUAGCUAAGAGUGGAAAACCAAAGAUAUUGUAAAUGGCCAGAGCUGAGUGGAAAACCAAAGGUAUUAUGAAAGGCCAGAGCUAACAAUGGAAACCCAAAUAUAUUGUAAAUGGCCAGAGCUAACUAGAAAACCAAAAGUAUUAUGAAUGGCCAGAGCUAACUAGAAAACCAAAAGUAUUAUGAAUGGCCAGAGCUAAGAAUCUAAGGUAUUUAGACAGUCCAAUAACUCAGUAUAAUAACGAGGGCACAUACGUUAUGCAAUCGUGCAGCAUAUAUAGCGAGCAGCUGGUCAAUUUUGUGGAAUUUGAGUCGGGUUGUAUUUUGAUUGAAUACACGCCGCUCACGGAAGCGUGCAAAGUAGAGGUUUAUUCAGAUAAUUAGGAUAGUAUCGGUAUAUUUUGAAAACGUUUAGUAGAUAGCAAGCAGUAUUUAUCUUAUUGCCCUUUGUAUGGUCGUUCGUAUGUAGCAAUCAAAGAAUUGCUUAAUUAUUAAAUCGCCACUAAAAUGGUGAUUUAGAGGGUUUAUGCGUGGCAUGCACCAUUUAUUACUUUUACCAUGGAUGCCUAGCUGGAAAAUUCAUAUUUGAGUGGUUUGAUGACAUGUCUGCGGGCAUGUCAUUGUUUUUACAGGUAUCCCCAUACGCCAUGUUAACACGUCUAAUAUCUUUUUGAUUUGGUGGGAUGUUCUACUAUGUUAUCAUUCCUGAACAUUCUGUAUUGUGCUAUACCUAGGUGAUAGGUAUUUGUUCUGUAUUACUUACGAAGUCACUAGUUAUAUAGGUACAUACACAGUGACAGUUGCAAGUUUGCAAGUAAAACAGUUGAAGAUGGCAAGCUAGGCUGUUAUUGCAGCUUAUUUAUCAAUUGCAUAUUUGGUUUGUAUGUAACAGCAUAAUGCAUCAGUCUGGCAGUAGUCCUGUAGCUUUUUGUAAUGGUUUAAAUGUUUUAUGUUAGGGUAAACCAUCAGGCAAUCCUGUCCAAAAACAGUUGUUCUAGAUCCAGACCCAUUUACCUGUUUUUUCAGGCUGGCUCUCUUUCUCCUGCUAUUCUUCUUUUCUUUGACUUGCUAUUUCUCACUUACAUUAUUUACAUGAUACGUUUGCUGUGCCAUCUACGUUUUUAGUAUAAAAAAGUAAUGCAGAUACGAAAAGCUACAAAUACGAAAAGUAAUUUAACCUUAAAGACAGAGGAAUAGCAUUGUUUUUGUACUCCUACAGGAACAUGUAACUGAAAAACAUUUUUGCUUCUAUGGUAUAUACGGUCACUAAUAUGGCAGAUGCCUGUUUUUAAGCUGGGCAUAAUCCAUUUCGCAGGAUAUUGAGAUAGCUCUCAUCAUUUUAAAACUGUCUCAAAAAACGUUUUAGCGUGUACGGAUUUCAUCAGUUGUCAUGUAGUGUAACCCAUUUCCUGGCCACCAUUAUCAGAUCUGUACUGUCCCAUGCCAUCACUCACUCACAUUUGCAUGUUACUGUCAUCAGUAUUGCUACUCGGUGUCAUUGUAGCUUCUUCACUCAAUCCUCUACAAGGAUGUGUACCCGAGAGAUUAGGGUAACUGCUAUAGUUUAUUGUUCACACGUAGUAUUUUUGUACGCAUAUUUAUAUUCCCUUAUAGUACCUAGCCCAACAUAAACAAGAAUUCUCGUACGAUAAUCAGUAUCUAUGUUUACAAUAUUAUUUUUGGUAACCAUUUUCUAUAAUUAGUAUUGUUGCUAAAUACACUGGCCAGCAAAGUUAUUAUGAAGACACAUCUAGUCGAUAGUUCAACCUGUUAAAAAGUUAGGGAAACCUAUGCAAGGUAUACACCUCCGUAUACAUAUACACUGUAUACGUAUUACACCUGAGAUCUUUUAGUUUUAUUGCAUAUUAUAUUGCAUUAUUACAUAGCAAGUAUUUAAUGGCAAACAUGCAUUCAUAGGACAUGCUUAAAAAUCCAUAUGACAUGCCAAAGAUACUUGGUUGAUGAAUAUUUGAUGCAGUGCAGUGCUGCCAGGUUUCUGGUGCUGAUGCUAUGAUAUGUCACAAUUUAUAUAUUUUCCAUUGCUGCUUUAAUUGCAAUAAAUUCAAAAGUUGUUUAUAUGCUCACAUUA